AAUAUGACUUAUAGAUGACAUAAUAAAAUAUUAAAAUAAAAGUGGUGCUUUUUUAUUUUAUUGUAGUAAAAUAUCUAUAAUAUUUUGUGUGUACUGAUACCGACAACGAUAUUUAUAAAUUCGAUUGAAAUUCCGCAAUUAUGGGAGGAAAAACAUACUGCCAAACUUGUAAGAAAAAAUGUUCUGGUGAAGUGUUACGCGUACAAGAUAAAUAUUUUCACACUAAUUGUUUUAAAUGUAAAGUGUGUAAAAAUUCAUUGGCGCAGGGUGGUUUCUUUUCAAAAGAUGGUGAUUAUUAUUGCACAGCUGAUUAUCAACGGAAUUAUGGCACAAAAUGUGCCGCAUGUAAUGAUUAUGUUGAGGGGGAAGUAGUGACUGCAUUAGGUAACACGUAUCAUCAGAAAUGUUUUACGUGUGCACGAUGUAGACAACCAUUCCCUUCCGGUGAGAAGGUCACCUAUACUGGUAAAGAGGUGUUGUGCCAGAAAUGUGUUCAAAUACCUGUACGAGACACAAGCACUCCACAAACAAGUCCAACAUCAAAUAAUCCUAAUGCUUGUGCGGGUUGCCAAGAGGAAUUAAAAGAGGGUCAAGCCUUAAUAGCAUUAAAUCGACAAUGGCAUAUAUGGUGUUUUAAAUGUGGAAGUUGUCAAAUGGUUUUACAUGGUGAAUAUAUGGGCAAAGAUGGUAUACCAUAUUGUGAACGUGACUAUCAGAAACAUUUUGGUGUGAAGUGUGCAUAUUGUAAACGUUACAUUUCUGGAAAAGUGCUUCAGGCUGGUGAAAAUCAUCAUUUUCAUCCAACUUGUGCAAGAUGCAGCAAAUGUGGUGAUCCAUUUGGCGAUGGCGAAGAAAUGUAUUUACAAGGUGGUGCCAUUUGGCAUCCACGAUGUGGCCCAGGACCAACUGAAAAUGGUAUUGCUGUAAAUGGUGUUAAUGGUGUUAAUGAAACAAAUGGACAUUGUACAGACACUGAAUCACGUACUGGUGAUCAUUCAGCCAAGGAAUUUGAUCGUAUGAGUAGUUCGGGUGUCAGUGAAAUGCAGUUUUCAAUGCGUUCACGUACACCAAGUUUAAAUGGCUCUAUCUACAGCCCUUACCCUCCUAGUAGUUUGUCUAGAAAGCAUCAAAUACAUUAUAGAAGUACAUCACCAGGACUUGUACUUCGUGAAUAUAAUAAAUCCGGUGGAUUAAGUGAAGAUAUAUCUCGGAUUUAUACAUACAGCUAUUUAACAGAAGAACCAACUCAAGGUUAUUUAAAACGCCCAAUAGAUCCUUACGAUAAACCACCAACUUCGCCACAUUUCCAUCGGCCAACAUCUGCAAAUUCUUUACGCGGAAGUUCAGCCAGUGGAAGAUAUUCAUCAAAAUCUGGUUCAAAAUCAGGAAUGCGUGUGUUAGUUGAUACAUUUAGAACUGAAACACCUCGACCAAAAUCGCCACAUAUGAAUAAUGAAGAACCAAUUGAGUUAGCACAUUUCCCAGCAGCGAAACCACCAAAACCUGGUGAAAAAUCAAAAAUUGAACGUGAUGAUUUCCCAGCUCCACCGUAUCCAUACACUGAUCCAGAACGUAGACGCCGUUGGUCUGACACUUACAAAGGUGUACCAAGUUCCGAUGACGAAGACGAAGUCGAUGCUAAAAAUAAUGAAUCCGAAUGCGAAGAUCCGAAAUUAAAACGGGAAGAACAAGAAUUAGAAAAAAUAGCGACAGGUAUUGGAAAAGUAUUUUUACAAAAUGUACGUGAGCGUGAAAAAAUUCGACAAUGGAAAGCUGCACAUUUAGAUCCAAGAAACGCCUCGAGAACACCUUCAGCUAAUAAGGAACCAUGCUAUCGAUUACGUUACGAAUCACCAAUUGGUGCAAGCCCUUCACGUAACUUAGAUCAUUCAACAAGACAGUUUGAAGAUGAAUAUUUUGAUCGUUGUUCAACCUAUCGUUCAUCAGUGGGACGAUCUGUUGGUCAAAUUCCUAGUUAUAAUGUGGUGAGUGCACUGCGGCAAGUUCCCAAACCGGGGUAUGGUCUUGCUCCAGCCCCACGCUCUCACACAUUCAGUACCACGGCUGGUAGCUGCUCGGCUAUACCUGGUGAUUAUUCAUUUAGCGGAUUAGGCGAUAAAACACACAGUACGGAAUUUAGUAGCGGAAAAUCAGACAUUUCCGGUGGUUCCAUCACUGAUGUGGAAAGGCGUGCUAUGACAACUGAAAUGCCAGUUUCAACAACAUAUACUGGAAAUCUCGGGGGAUUUACUGGACCAUAUGCUCCACAUAUUAGACGUUCACUGCCGAAUAUGGCCCACUCUAUGCUUAUUAAUGAGCCAGCUAAAAUAUAUCCUUACCAUUUAUUGCUUAUAACGAAUUAUCGCCUUCCUCAUGAUGUUGACCGGUGCAAUUUAGAGCGGCACUUAUCAGAUGCAGAGUUUGAGGCGAUAUUUCAAACCAAUAGAACUGAAUUUUAUAGGUUACCACAAUGGCGUAGGAAUGAAAUUAAACGACGUGUGCGAUUGUUCUAAUUUUCUAUUAAAAUUUAUGCGUUCAACUCAUUUUGUCAUUCACAAACACCCCGGGUUCUUAACCAUUUCACCUGAUACAAUUCUUUUUCAUGUUUCAAGCUACUUUCUUAUCUAAAUUUUAUAUGUAGUGUUAAACAAAACAAAAAAAAAAAACUAUUUUAAUUUAUGAUACAGACCA